AUGGAUAACAAAGGUCAACAUUCGUAUCCUCCUCCACCUUCUUAUCAACCUCCACCUCAAAACCAAAGUUAUCAACCUCCUCAAAACCAGAGUUAUUAUCAACAACAAUCAUACUCACAGCAACCUCAACAAUAUCAAACAUAUCAACAACCUUAUCAACAACCUUAUCAACAACAACAGUAUUAUUCUCCUCAAGCACCUCCACAAACUAUCUAUGCUCCUAAUCAACAACAAAAAGGAAAUAGUGAUGCAUUAUGUUUGGGUUGUCUUGCUGCUCUAUGUUUCUGUUGUGCCAUGGAUGCUUUAUUCUAA